UGCUUGUUCUCAUGGCACGAGUUGACCGUGUGCCGUCAGGAUCAGCCGCUCAGGGCUGUGAAUGGCAACACAGGUCUAACCAUCCGGCUCGGGCUUACGAGAUGAAUUGCGCCUUUUUGUCAGCCCUGGCAAGCCGCACAAAAUGCGUUCAAAAAUCGGGUUCCGUCGCGAUCCCGGGCUGCGUCGGCGUGUCAUGUUUCUGAUCAAUUGCGUAAAUCUCCUCGCAGUCAUGUUCUCAAGUGCGUCAUUCCAGGCAUUGUAUGAGACUCAGAGGUCUCAGGAGGAUCAAGUUCUGAACUCUAUCAUUUCGACGACCACAGUUCUCGUUACAAAUGCCAUUCUUGUACGGUACCUGUCUCUCCUGUCAUCAUCCUCCCUGCGGCUUUUGACACUACAGCGUGAGGAAUCAUUGCGUGAUGCGCGUGCCUUCGACUCCGCACGCGUUGACGAGCUAUUGGAUGACGGAAUAGUGGACGAGAUUCCACGGACGACCACAACGCGAAUGGCUGUGGCGCACAUCAUGGGCCACCCGUCGCUGCUCAGUCAAGCCAGUGGUCGCAGGGCAAUUCUAAUCAGGUCAUACGUUACAAAUUCCGCUUUCCUGUCAUGUCUUCACCAUUCAUCUGUUGCACCAAGUCGCACUGAUUCGGAAUAUGCUGCGCUCAUGGACAUCCGUCAUGUUGACAGACUAGUUGAUACACCUGCAAACGGCGUAUACAUGACCAUCACGGAACACGAGUAUUUCAUAGAUCCAAACUAUAAUUCGACAAGGAUGCUUUCCCGGACAUACCAAACGUAUCGUGUGCGCAUGCUCACUAAAGGCUAGGGCGCUUGCUGAGCAACGGUCAAGAUUCCGCAGACGUCGAGUUUCGGGCACUCCCCGGAAUUAAAGCUCUUCAUCCCGAGUGUCUUAAGGCGCAUGUUACGUUCGCUAUGGUUCUCCACAUUUGUGGUGCGGCAGACUUCGUGGACCAAUAUCGCCCGUUAGAUCAAGACGGUGUUACUCUUCCGACAUACUCAACGGAGGACUUCGGGGCACAGAUAAAUGCAAGACUGGCCGCACUUGCCGUAUAGACGAUAGGGUGCGAGGACGAACACCGGACCUCCAAGUCUGGCAGUCUAUGCGGAUGGAACUUCACAAGCUUCAACGUUCAAUACCGAGUAAGCUGCCUGUGGUCCUGGACAUCGCGGA